AUGGAUGUUUUAAUUAAAUGGGAAGAUGGAACAGAAAAUGUUGUUGCAAUUAAAGAAUUGUCUCUUAUUGAUGGAUCAAACCGUUUCGAAAAAUAUAAAAAACUGAAAAUGGACUAUGGUGGAAAAUUAUACUAUGGAAUAAUAGUUGCUACAGAAAAUGAUGAUGAUAGUGAUGCACAGUACAACAACUCUGAUGAUAAUAGCCAGGAAGAAGUUGGCUUAUCAAAAUCUCCUCUAAGCGAAUGUGGCUCUGAUAAUACAAAUAAAGAAUUAGAGACAAACUUUAGAAAGAUAAAUAAAAGAAGCCCGAAGGCAAAUGAAGCAGCUAACUUAGGUAAAGAAGACAGCAAAGAAAAGCUCUGUGAACACCCAAAUUGUUCAUUUGAAAUAUAUAGUGCUUGUAUCUGCUUAAAAGUCUUACUCUGUUUUGAACACUUUGAAGCAAAUAAUAACUGCCGCUCACACCAAGAUUACAAUCCGGAGAGCUUGUUUCGAGUCGAGGGAUCUCCAAGAGAAGUUUCAUUUAAAAAAGUCAGGAAAAUAAAUUCAUAUAAAUUAGCCAAAGAAGUAAAGAACAAGGGACAGCGUUAUGUAAGACCGAAAACAAUGAACCUCAUGCCACCAAAACAAUUGGGACUUCGACGCAAUGGGGAAUCAUGUUCAAAACGUAAUAAGAAAUGUAGUCUCUUCAGUGAUGGUAAAAGACAAGAGAUUAUGCAAGAUUUUUAUUCAAUGGGAUCCUUGCAGUUACAAAGAGAGUACAUUGAAAGGUACAUCAAAAUGGAAGAAAUCAAACAAAAAACUACACAAAAAGGGGUAUCUCGAAAAAAUAAAAGCAAUUAUUACUUUCUUCUGUUAGACGACGACGAACUACCAGUUUAUAUUCGGGAGCGGGAUACUAAAGCUACUCAAGAGCAUUGGGCUAUAGUAGUGAAUUUUUUUGAAACCUACCCUCAAUUGCUAAAACGAACAUUUGCAAACCAAGCCGAGGAUAAUGCGGAAUUGAGAGGUUUGUGGGAAACAUUAACUUCCCAACUGAACAGCACUGGCCAUGGCAUGAAGUCAGUAGCCAAAUGGCAACAGAAAACGGGAAAAGCAAAUAGGAAAAUGGAUAAAGCUAUGGAAGUGCCACCAUCACCACCACCUCUGGCACAAAUUGCAUCAACAUCAUCCUCCUCUACCGCAACAAAAAGAAAAACGGGUGUAGAGGAGAUGAUUCACCGGAAAAAACUUAAAUGUACCCAAACAGAAAAAACAAAAAGAUUUGUUUCGAUAAAUAGGAUGCAUGCGGAACAAUUAGAAAUUAUAAAACAAAUUGACAAUAAAGUAGGGGUGAUGUCCUCUGCGAUUGUUGAAAUUAAAGAUGAUUUUAAGCGAUUUGUUAAUCACAUGAUUGAAAAGAAUCUGUGA